AUGGGAAACUCUCAAAGCGCGCACAAAAUCUCGGCGCAGGAUAGGGCUAUUCUGGAUAUGAAAAACCAGCGGGACAAACUGCGCCAGUACCAAAAACGAAUCACCGUCAUCACGACCCGCGAAACCGAGAUCGCAAAGGAAUGCCUGGCCAAGGGCGACAAGGCGAGAGCGCUCCUCGCGCUGCGCCGGAAGAAAUACCAAGAGUCGCUCCUCUCCAAGACGGACGCGCAGCUGGAGCAGCUGGAGAAACUGACCAGCAGCGUCGAGUUUGCGCUGGUGCAAAAGGACGUGCUGUUCGGCCUGCAGCAGGGAACGCAGGUGUUGAACAUGAUCCACAAGGAGAUGGGCGGGCUGGAGGGCGUGGAGAAGAUGAUGGGCGAGACCGAGGAGGCGCGCCGGUAUCAGCAGGAGAUCAGCGAGGCGUUGGCCGGCCAGAUGUCAAACGAGGACGAGGAUGAGGUCGAGGAUGAAUUGGAAGCGAUGGAGAGAGAGGUCGUUGGCCUCCCUGACGCGCCGAACAAGACGAUAGUGGGCGAGGGGACCCUGCCCGAAGUGCCCAAAACGGAGUUGGAACUGGAACAGGAGAAGAUACAAAAGCAGAAAGAGAGAGCGCGGCAGAGAAGAGUCGCCUUGGAGGCGUAA